GAAAAAUGAAUGGUUAAAAAAAGUAAACCCUUAAUCAAAUCCCAAUUGAUUUCAAAAAAAAAAAAAUAUCAGAUCCCAAAAGGAAAAAAAACCCUAUCGUGCAAAUCUAAUAAGUGUUGGAGAGGGAAGCUCCAUCCCAUCGUUAAGAAGAAGGGAACGCAACACAAGGUCGAAGACUCCAUUAGAAUGUCGAAGGCACAUGGAGAAGAUGAUGGUCCACCUGAUUACGGAAAUAAUGAACAAGAAAGCCAAGAAAUUGAAGGUGAUGCACCUACUACUCAACUGAACAUCCAAACUGAUGCAGUUAUUGUACAUCGGGCUGAAAAAGAGGUUGGUGAAGAACAACCUAUUGCAGAUGACUUUGAGCUUGAAGAGGAAGAGUUUUUUGGUGAACCAGAAGUUGAGAAGCAGAAUACUCGGGAGCCAGAAGUUUGCAGCUGGUGGGCAGCUAUAACAGAUUUGCAUAUCGACAAUGAUGCGGAAGAUGAAGGGCUCGAAUCUGAAUCUGAUUUAGCAAGUGGAGAUAGUGAUGAGGAUAGUUCGAGUAAGACAAAGUUAGAAUAUAAUCCAAGCACCAACAUAGCUGACUUCAAGUGGGACAUUGGCUUGGAAUUUGGGAAUGUACAAUUACUUAGGACUGCCGUAAAGGAGUACUUCAUACACAUUAAUGCAGAAUAUAAAUUGCUAGCGAAUGAUUUAGAAAAAUUUAGGGCUAAGUGUAGAGCCGGGGUGUCCUUUCUUUGUAUAUGGACAUGUUAAAGGAGAUGGAAAAACCUUUCGAAUCAAUCGUCUUAAGGACACUCAUACAUGUGGUUUAGUCUUGAAUAAUAAGCACAUUGAUGCACAAUGGUUGGCAAAGCAUUUUCUUGACCAGUUUAGGAUGCACCCCAACAUGGAGUACUCAGCAUUCAAGACUAUGACACAAAAUUCAAAGUUUUCAGAAGUGACAAACUGGCAAUUUUACCGGGCUCGAGCAACUGCAAGGGAAAUUUUAGAGGGGUCUGUUCUUGAUCAAUAUGCAAUCUUAGAAGAUUAUUGCAAACAACUAUUAGCAACCAACCCUGGUAGUACUGUAAAGCUACAAACUCAACUAAUUGAUGAGAAAAGGGUGUUUGAGAAGGUUUACAUUUGUUUCAAGGCAUGUAAGGAUGGAUUUAUCAGAGGAUGCAGGAGGCUGAUUGGGUUAGAUGGAUGUCACUUAAAAGGAUACUGUAAAGGAAUACUACUAGCUGCCAUUGGGGUUGAUGGAUCUAAUUCAAUCUUUCCCAUUGCAUAUGCAGUGGUUGGGAAAGAAAAUACAGAGAGUUGGACUUGGUUUUUGGAGUUGCUGAAGGAAGAUUUACAUCCAACAGAGGUUUGCAUUUACACUGUGAUUAGUGAUGGGGUUGCAGAAUGCUGUUGAAAAGAUUUUUAUUGGUGCUGAUACUCGUUUUUGUGUAAGACACAUGCAUAGUAAUUUCAAGAAGGAUUACCCUGGCCUUCUUUUGAAGCAGUUAUUAUGGGCUACAGCAAGAGCCACAACACCAGCUGAGUUUGAGAGGAGAAUGAAAGAUUUGAAAGAAGUAAAUGAGAGGGCCUAUAACUGGCUUGCUGCAAAGACCCCAUCAGAGUGGAGUAAAUCACACUUCAAAGAAGGAGUAAAGUGUGACAUGUUGCUUAACAAUUGUUGUGAAUCAUUCAAUCAUGCAAUCAUGGAAGCUAGGGACAAGCCAAUUGUGACAAUGUUGGAGUCAUUGAGGCAAUGGUUGAUGCGUAGGUUUACCAAAAAUAAGGUGUCUGUUCAGAAUUGGAAUUAUGCAGUGCAUAUCAAUAUAUUAAAAAUAUUAAAGAAGCAAAAGGAGAUUGCUAAAUAUUGUUGUGUGGAACGUGCCAAUGCUUCAACAUUUCAAGUAUCCAUGAACGAUGGAAAGCGUUUAUCUGUUGAUUUGGACAAACAUACAUGCACAUGUAGGAGAUUUCAGCUGACGGGGAUCCCAUGUGGACAUGCGUUGGCCACCAUUUGGUUUGCGAGGCACCAAGAGUGGGGUUAUAUUCAUCAAUGGUACCAUAUACAGGCAUAUAAAGCAGCUUAUGAAGGUUCUGUGGAGCCAAUGCCUAGCCCAGAUAAUUGGCCAAACAAAGGACUUAAUCCCACAUUUCCUCCUAGUGAUAACAUCCUACCAGGUAGGCCAAAGAAGAAAAGAAAGAGGGAUGCCGAUGAGCCACCCCCUGCUAAUGCAUCUAGGCACAGUAAGAAAGGACAAAUCAAUCGGUGUGGUAAUUGUGGGCAAGUUGGACAUAGCAGGAGAACAUGUAAAAAUAUGGCUGCACCACAAGUAUUUAAUUGAACUUCAAUAAUUGAUUUGAUUAAUUUCCUUCUAUGAAUUGAUUUGAUUAAUUUCCUUCUGUGAAUUGAUUUGAUUAAUUUCCUUAGUGUGAAAUAAAAUUGUCAUUAUUAUCGUUUAGGUGGAAAAGAAAAAGGGAGGUCGCCCACCAUUGAAGAACCCUACUCUACAAACAAUAAAGCGAAAGAAAAGAAAAGAAAGACAACAAGCAAGAGAACAUGCAGAUGGGGUUGGCAGCUCAAAUACACAUGAUGCAGGGACCUCAAAUAUUGUACGAGACUCUACUGCGCAAAAUACUUAAGGAAUAGGAAUUUAGUACAGUGUUUUACCUUUCGAUGUACAGCCCUUAAACAAUAUUUUGCUAUUGUGGUCUGUUGGGCUUUUUUUUUGAAAACAGUUAGAUAAUUUGACAGCAUGUUACAGUAACUGUUUGUAGUCUGUAAGCUUUGACAACAUGUUACUUACUGUAGUAAACUCAUUUGGUUUCUCAGUUGCAGAUAUAUUAUCUUUGUUUUCUUAUUUUUUUUUUCAGAUUUAUUAUCUUUAGUUGCAAAUAUUUGAGAAAAAUAUGGGACUGAUUGUAUGUUUUUUCUUAGCUGUUGUAAUGGGACUGAUUGUCAAAACCAGUCCUCUGCAACUUGCAACCUGGUAUGGUUUAUGGUUGCAGUACUCACAUUCCUUUAGAUUGUUCAUGUUCUUAUUUAGUUCUCUUUGACUUUUUGAUGUUAAUUCCAAGUGCUUAUGAUUACUCUAAGAAUAAGGUUUAUCAUUGUAGUUUGUGAGUGUUUAAAAAAUAAUGACAUAGUAGGAAAAUUGUGUGAGUGAGAACUAUUAUUUAUGAGCAUUCUGUUGUUAUUGUUAGACUUUUUGUUUUUCUCACAUACAUGUACUUGACUUUUGCAAAGCUUAUCUGUAUAUAGAUCUAAACAAUCAAUAUAUUAUUCUACUGUGUAUAUAGCUUAUCUUUAUUUACAUUCUCCAUUGAAUAAAAUAAAGAAUAUAUUCUCUUUCCUUUAAGCACUCAAAUUUUUAACUAAUUAUUUAGGCUCCACAAUAAUCUUCCUGUUGCAUGACCAUUCAUACAAUUAGCACCAUAAGUAUUAAUGAUUUACUCUUUUUGUAUCUUUUCUUUUUUCACUUUACUAUGAAUUUGUGAUUCCUUCCCUAAUAAGUUUUAGACAUGGUUUAAGUCAAGGAGCUAAAGCUUUUUCAAUAGACAUUGAAGACUAUAUAAUUAUUCCAAGUGCCUCUGCAUUACCAAAUCCCAAAAGUUGCUUGUGAAACUAGCCUAUGUUUGGCUAGAUUGUGAGCUGAAAACUUUAAAUUUUAGGCACAUAAUUAAAGAUACAACUCAAUACAAGUCUCCUAAGAUCUUCAACAUCCAAAAUUAGAUUACAAGCAAAUUAUAUUGAGCUGAAAAGCAAGUGUAAUGGUGAUUAUAGAGUUGCAUAAGUUGACAGAUAAAUAAAAGCAAUGGAACACUAGCUCCAUGAUGCUUAUAUAACCAAAAAAAAACAAAAAAUGAAGAACAGUCAUCAAUAGAAAGCCAUGCCAAAUUCCAUUUCAAAAUACUACUGAUUCCAUAGAGGGACCUAAUAUAAUAUCCAAUCUCACAUUCAAAAUCAGAAAAUUACAAUAUCUAACAAAAUAUUAAUCAAUUCUCUAUCCAAAAUACAACUCUCAAUUCUCUUACCAAAAUAGUUCUAAAUUACUUACUAUUUGAAAUACAAUACUAUCAUAACUAAUACUACACAAAUGAUGACAACAGGCUUUUUGUAGCUUGGAAUGCUCUUAUGAAUUGACUCAUUCUUUGAUGAAGCCCAGGUAUGGUUUUUCAUUGAGCUCUUACGACUUGAUUCUUCUUCAUUCUCUGUAAUGGAUGAUAUUUCACUCUCUAACUGCUUAAUCUUCCUAAGAAGACCAGGUAUCACUUGUCUUGAUCGAUCACACAUCUUAGGAUCCAACCAACGCCAGAAAUUACAUGACCCUGGACCCUGACAAAACCCAUCAUCUCCAUUUAUAUUAGCAGUAGAGCUAAAAAAAAUUAUAGUAGUAGAUAUAUAAAUGUAUAUAAAAAAUAAAAAGUCACAUGAUACUUCCAGCAAGUUAUAAAUCUCCUUCCUGGAUUUGAAGUUGUCCAAGAGGUCUUCACCACCACUGAUUUUGGGGGCUUACAUCGACAUUCGAAAUGCCCUAAAUUCUCCAUUAAAACCGAUGGAAGGAGCUUCCCUAUCGAGUUUCUCAAAUCUCUCUCCAACGAAAGUUGCUGGGUGAAAUUUCAACCAUCUGUUGCAUUCCCUUCUUCUUACUGAUGGAAUGGAGCUUCCCUCUCCAAUUCUUAUUAGAUUUGCACGAUAGUUUUUUUUUUGGAUCUGAUUAAGGGUUUUUUUUU